GCAAGAGAGGGGGGAAAAGACAUUAUUUUCUUCUCCUGUGAGGUCUUUGAUAAGCAAAGCAACAGCAUCUUUAGACAAGAUGUGCUCUUGCAGGAAUUUAAGUGGAAGAGACAAAGAAACCAUGCUACCAGCAGCAUCAGAGAAAAAACCUGAAAUCACCAGGCAAUAAGAAUUCAGUCCAGAGAAUCUGAGGAGAAGAAAAAGCAAACUGGCAAACAGAGACCAGUCAGGAAAUAAUUCAUAUAGAAAGGGAUACAAAAAAAGUGGUGUUUGUAACAUUUUCACAGCAGCAUCGCCAUAAAGAAAUUCUGUUCUGGAAUUUCCAUCAGGGAGCGACGAGCACUACGAUUAAGAUCCAAACGACAUCCUCAGUGCUGCAGCUUCUCCAAAGAACACCUUCCCUUUCCACAGGGAGAUCAGCAUCAAGAGAGGAAAAAAAACUCCCAAAAAUCAUCCUGAUGGGAAUAACCAUCCAAAACAUCACAGGAAACACAGCAAUGGUAAUUUGGCCAAAAAUGGCCAGUUGUGUCGACAGCUUUUACAGCAUCAUGUACCACCCUAACUGGAACAGCAUGCUGUCCAGCUACUCCAGAAAGAGCUUCCAGAGGGAAGAGAGGGUGCCCACCACUCGCUCCUCCUUUGUGGUUGAAAACCUGACUCCCCUGACGACGUACAUCAUGUGCGUGACCUGCCAGUCCGCAAACCCCUCCAGCGACCAGUGCAGAGUUUUCAACACGCUGGAACGAGACCCCGCGUCGGCGAGCAGCACCAAGAAGGAGCUGGCUCUGGGCAUCUGGCUCACCAGCGGCGUGCUGCUCCUCAUCAUCGCCGCCGUGCUGCUCUACGGCUGCCUGCACCUCCUCUGCCGCAGGAGACACCAGCGCCUGCAAGAGCGGGGCGGCAGCUCCAAGCGGGAGCCUGAGGGGCCAUGGACCAAAAGCACGGCCCACGCCUCGGAUGAGCUCAGCAGGCAGAGCCAGCACACACGGGACGCUGAGGAAAAGCAUCCGGGUGGCAUCCAGCUGGCCACAAUCAUAGAGAAUCCCUCGAAGCAUCUAAUCAUUGCUGGAGGCUGGCAUGUUUCCUGGAAGAAAUCACCUCAAGCCUCCCUUGUUUUCAAAUUCAGCCCCUUUAUGGCUGCUGACAGCAUCAGGACACUGAACUAGACACACCUUUGGCCUCACCUGCAGCUCAUAUGCUUGUGCACUAUCCAAAGGUUUGCUUUCUUUCUUUCUUUCUUUCAUGAUGGUCAACAGGUGGAUAAAAAAUACCUUUGGAUUUCACUGCCAAUCUGAAAAGAUCAUCUCACUCAUCUCUCCAUUCCUUCUCCAUAAACUGCUGUCCUCGAGUCUGUGCAGCUGGCCAGCAUU